GGUCACUAACAAAAACUCAAUUAUGCGAACAACCCUUUCCUUCUUAAUUCAUAUAAAUCACUUCUCCUCGGUUCCAAUUGCAGAAGUGAUUACUACACAACUUGAAGGUGACCAUUAAUGGAGGACCAUAAUACUCAUAAGCUUCCUCUACUCAACGAAACGUCAACCAGCAUUAUCAGUCGAGCAGAGAGUGAAGAAAGUGACACUGGCACCAUCACCGGCGUUACUGAUUUUUUCCGGGAAUUCUUCAUUGAGUCUAAGAAAGUCUGGUACUUGGCCGGUCCCUCCAUCCUCACCACCGUUUGUCAGUAUGGCCUUGGCGCUCUCACUCAAAUCUACGCCGGCCAACUGGGCACCAUCCAACUCGCCGCCGUUUCCAUGGAAAACUCUGUCAUUGCCGGAUUAGGCUGUGGCAUACUGCUGGGAAUGGGAAGUGCGCUUGAGACGCUCUGCGGGCAAGCAUUUGGAGCUAAACAUUUUGAUGUAUUGGGAGUAUAUAUGCAAAGAUCAUGGCUUAUUCUCAAUGCAACUUGCCUGGGAACCAUUUUCAUGUUCUUUUUCGCAACCCCGAUUUUGAGAUUACUCGGGCAGGAAGAAUCGAUAUCAGUGGAAGCAGGGAAAUAUUCGCUGAUGAUGUUUCCGCAACAAUUCGCAUACGCAUUGGCGGUUCCCCUGGCGAAAUUCUUACAGGCACAGAGUAAGGUUCUGGAAAUGGCGGUUAUCGCCGCGGCUGCGCUCUGUUUGCACGCUUUUUUAGGCUGGCUGCUUAUGCUGAAGCUGAAUUGGGGACUUUCCGGUGCGGCUUUGGUGUUGAAUUCAUCCUGGUGGUUCAUUGCACUUGGGCAGUUCUUUUAUGCUGUGUCUGGAAGCUGUGGUCAAGCUUGGUCUGGUUUUUCAUGGAAAGCAUUUUCUAAUCUUUGGGAGUUUGUUAAAUUAUCUGUUUCAUCUGCCAUAAUGUAUUGCUUGGAGAUAUGGUAUAUCAUGGCUCUGACUCUUGUUGCUGGAUAUUUACCCAAUGCUGAAAUCUCUGUGGCUGCUUUGUCAAUAUGUAUGAACAUUGUUGGCUGGAGCGCCAUGGUAGGGUUGGGAUUCAACGUGGCCAUAAGUGUUAGGGUAUCCAAUAAAUUGGGAUCUGGACAGCCCAGAGCUGCUAAAUUCUCAGUCCUUGUGGUUGGACUAACUUCCUUACUGCUGAGUCUUUUCGUUGCAUUGAUUCUGCUUGUGGGACGAUACCGUUUCCCUGCAUUUUUUACGACUAGCAAAGAAGUUCAAGUUUUGGUGGCGGAUUUGACCCCGUUUUUGGGAGUCAGCAUACUGUUAACAGCUCUCCAGUAUGCUCUCUCAGGGGUGGCCAUUGGAGCCGGGUGGCAGAACUUUGUAGCAUAUAUCAAUGCAGCUUGCUACUUUCUGUUGGGUGUCCCCUUGAGCAUUUUACUGGGCUUAGUUUAUGAUAUGGGCGUGAAGGUUAAAAAUUUUCCAGUCAUUUGUUGCAUUCAUUCAUUUUGCCCAGAAUUAAUGGAAAUGAUGCUAAACGUUUCGAGCAUUUGCAACUUGUAAUUCUUUAGGGGAUCUGGUAUGGAAUGUUGCUUGGAUUAGCACUGCAGUCAGGGACACUGCUCUGGGUGACUUGCACCACAAAUUGGAAUCAGGAGGUACAUUAUUAUCUUCACACUAAUAGUUAAUUUAUAUAGCUUAAUGCACUAUAAGAACACUUUGCAUUUUGGUGACCUCAAAAAGUUUUUUCCAUGCUGUAUGUUGCUUAUUAUGUAUCUUCUUCAAGUUAACGAGGCUCAACAGCAGGGUUCAAUUCAUUCAUGUUUACGUGACGAUGCAGGCACGCAGUGCAGAGAAGAGGCUGAAGAUAUGGGGAGGUGAAAUAGAGGAGAUUGAAGAAUGAUAGAUGGACGAAAACAACAUGUAAGCUGUUCAUUUUCACUGUGCCAUGAAAUUGGGGCAGCACGAGGAAAAUGAUUCUAAUUAGUCCACUUACUCCAGAUGGACAAAAUAAUUCUGGGGGGGCCAUUCAAUACAAAAUACGAAUUGUCCCACUUGACAUUAUCCGCAAAUCCUAACUUUAUUUUUUUUGGCUCUAACCCAAAAGGUUGGCUUCUCGCGAGGGAAACGAGCACCAUUUUGCACAAUUAAUAAUUUGUAAACCCGUGGCAUUUGUUACAGUCGUGAAUCAAUGUAUUCCAGUUAUACCUUGUGAAGCAAUAUUCCCCACAAGCAAGCUAUCUGGUUCAAAGUUCAAACACUUUCUGAAAGGGAAAGAAAAAAUUGAAGUAGGGGGAAGUAUUGCUGUGUUGCAUUUUGAACCAAAUUGCCAUCCGUUACGUCUCAGGUUCAUUAAGCAAAAAAGUAGCAAACCACUGACUCAGCUCAGUUGCGCAAGCUUAACAAGCUAGUUUCCCGACCAAACAAGGUUAUGUAAGGCAACUUCUAACUUUCAAACACCUUAGCUGCCUUGAAUACCAGGACCAUUUACUUCAUUACACAAAUUAACAGUCCACCACAUUCAAAAUAAAGGCCAUGAAGUUCAUCUCUACAACCUUUUGCUAGGAACUACAACAGUACAAAACAACCGACAACAUUCAGUAAUCGAAAUUCACUAAGCUGGUUCAAAACCAGGAAUGGCCAUGCCAUACAGAACACUAAACUAAUUAGGCGUUCCUUCAUACAUCAUUUUCUAUCCAAAAAGAAGUAGAGCCCUGCUCACCUGCUGUACCAUAGUGAUACUCAUAACAUCACUUUCCCUUGGUGGCACUCUUCAAGAACACUGUUGUAAGAACUGUGUUGGACAUCAGGGAUGUUUUACGCAACUCCAGAGCCUGACAUCCACAUUGAGGAGGAAAAAAAACUGUUUACCCUAGAUUGUGAGCAGAGUAUCCAAAAAUGUAAAAUACUAUAGCUUUGAUUUUGAGGUACCUCAUCAAUGCGGUAGGUCGACCAAUUUCUCUUGAAGGGCUCCAACUUCCUGCACAUUCAGCUUAUUCAAAAGAGCGAUGCUAGAAAUGGUAGACAUCGGCUUCACCACCAAGUCGUCCAUCACCAUAUUGGUAACUAUCCCUUUCACAAAUCCGGCAUUUUCUAGCUCCACGUUUCCGCCAGUACUUGUUUGUCUUUCACUCACUUCCGGAGAAGGAACACAUUUCAACUUGUCAUGCAUGUAGUUCUUGCAAUUAGGACAGAUAACACCAGGCUCCUCGCUGAAAUACCCUGGAGAGUAACCGCAGUUGCCGCAUCUGUAAACGACUUUUUCCCAUUUCACGUCUUCAGGGGAAAGGGUAAGAAGGGUAGUUGAAUAGGUGGUUCGGCCAACAGGGAUUUUGGGUUGGAGAAGUGUGUCUUUGGUUUGGUUUGGCUGAAUAUAGAUUUCGUGAAGGUGAGGUUUCCUAAGCAACCCACCAUUUUUUGUUGCUUGGUCAGAAGGCGUGUGAUUGCAUCCGCAGUAAGGAUGUGGAAGAGGAAAUCAACAGCGGUCUUGUCUGCUUCAGCAAAAGAACCCUCUUCACCUUGGUGUCAAUCAAAAGCUUUAAGCUCAUCACUUCGGAUGCCUGCCAUUUUUGCCUUAGUCAUAUUCCUCUUCCUCUUCCUCAAGAGCUUAUUCUUCAUGAGUUUCACUAGUAAUUUAUUUUCCUGUGUCCCUUAAACCCUACUACUAGAAGAUGGAACUUGGAAGAUGUUAGGCACUAUAUGAGUUUGUUACUACUUGCUAUUGGAAGUUCAUGGUUUGUACUUGUUUUUGGAAGUUGUAACGAACCGGGUGGCCGGAGCAUUUACACCAAGCACUUUUUACUUUAUAGUCUGUGACAAUAAUGUGGCAUAUUCAGAUUCUUGCACUGCUUACUACGAUUUUGGAAGGCCUCAUAGAUUAGCAAGAGCUGAAAGGGUUGCUGCGACCUUGAGCUUGUAAUAGUCCCACUAAUGUUUUAGCGUGGUCAUUAGUCAAAAAUGAAAGAUAAAAUGAUUAAUUAAUUAGUCAGCUAUUUUAAAUGAUUGAUUAAAAUGAUUAUCUACUUUCAAGAUACAGUAAAAGUCCACUUUGAGCAACACAAGUAUUAAAAUAUAAUUGAUUAAUUAAUUAGUCACCUAUUUUAAAUGAUUGUGUAUAGAAAUUCUUUAACAUUUAAAAAACAAAGAUAAUACAACAAUUUUCCUAAAAAUUAUGCACAGAAAAUCUGUACUUUUAACGCAGUAGUACUAGUAAUCAGACAACUCCAUUUGUGCUUCACAGUCAACUAACAUGCUCAAAUGAACCUCAAGAAAAUAAAAUAAACUGCUCAAAUGAUCACAAUGUUCUUGUUCCAUUUAUUCAAUCACAGAGCUGCAGUUAGCAUCUUUGAAAAUCAAGAAAAAAUUAGGAACAACUUCGCGAAAUUAGUGCAACAGGCCAAACGCUGUCAAUCAGAUCAGACUGAUUUCGUGUUCUUUUAUAAUCUCAUUUACAGAUGCAAACACAGUCAAGAUUCCAUUUAUAACCAAUAAAACCUAACAUUUGAACCUAAUAUCCAAACAAAGAGACACAGUACAAACGUUUUCGUCCACACAUUCUUUUGCAGGAGGGCCAAAGAAAAGGUAAAGAAACCCUUCAGACAUCAGAUCAGUUUUAACAUUACCCACAAAUUUUCCUUAACUAAACUGAGUGUUUGCUCUGAAACUUAUUAAGAAAUCAGGACUAGAGACAGCAAUCACAACAAGUACAGUAAGUAAUUCAUCAGAACAAUGAAAUUCAUAUAGGGAGCCACGUGUGGAGGAAAUGUAAACAACAGUAAUCAUGACUAAUCUAGCCACUGACGAUCACCUGGAUUCCUAUGAUAGUUUGAUUACAAACACUACAAUCAGAGAAUUUUACGCAAAAGACUCUACAAAUCAUCUAGAGUAAGGUGUAUAUACUGACAAAUAAACAAGACUCGACACAUCAUCAUUGAGUAAGGUGUAAAUACUAACAAAUAAACGCAAAGCAUCUACAACCUCCAACAACCGAGCAUAAGUAUAUUGAUAAGACUCAAACAUAUAAUCACCAGAGAAUCUUGUCAAGGCACAGAAAAAUACCCCCACAUAGAGAACUAAACAUUUAAAAAUGGAUCAUAACCAAAUCAAAUUCCAUUUCCAGGGAAAAACAUGUACAAAUUCUUGUAGAGGAAAAAUCAUAGUCAACAAUCUUUCUGGACGAAUUCCUAAUUAACGGUAUUUCAAGAAGUGGUGAUAAACCUUCUUUGACAAUUCAGAAGGAACUCCGACAUACAAGAAAGAAUAUAUUGAACCCAGUUCAGGUAAGCAAAACUCUUACAUUGUUAUAUACUCUAAAAGUAUGGACUACAGAUCCGGUAACAAAAACAGCCAUCAAUCUAGAUUAUUACAGGCAUAAAACAGACAGACAGUUUGUAAAAAGAUAAGCACCAAAAGCAAUUCAGUGCAAUUCAGUGCAAGCAAGCAUAUACAUAAACCCAAAGUUAGCAGGUCUACAAUAAAAUCAAAUUCAUCAACCCGUCUCAAACUCUUCAUUUAAUCUAAAGCCUUAACACAUAAAAAGAGAGACAAGUUGGAUUAGUAAUCCAUCACCUUUCAACUGGUAUCUAGACGAUCAAACAUAAACCAUGAACAAAUUCACAGAACAUAAUAGAAGUCAUAAUUUCUAACAAAAUAACCACAGAUGAACAACCCUGAUACACAAACCAAUCCAACCAACAAUCAGGUAUGUAAACACCAGUAAACUAAUCAAACAAAGCUAAAGAAAUUCAAAAUCAACGCAAGCCAUUUGAUACCAAAUCCACAAUAGCAAUAAUAAUAAUAAUACUGAAUCCACCUGCUAAGCAAACUCAUUGACAUUUCUCCUCCACAAAAGGGUCCAUUAAAACAAAAUUCAAAGAUCCAAAUAGAGAUAUAAAAGGCAAUGUUUUUAGGCUAUUUCAAAAAUUAAAAGCUAGAGCGAGACGACCUAAGCAGUAAGUACGACAGCACCACCAGCCUCUUUGAUCUUCUUCUCUGCAAUCUUGGAAAUCAGCUUAGCCUUAACAACGACGGGCUGGUUUUCCGGUAAAACACCCUUGCCGAGAACCUUGAAGUAGCCAUACUGGGUGACAUCGAUCAAGGGAACGUUGUCCUUGGUGGCCUUAUCCUUGGAUUCCUGGGGGACCAAUGACCAGAGCUUGUCCACGUUGACGAUGGGGCAAUGGAACUUGUUGCGGAGCUUAUGGAAAUACCUCAUACCAACUUUACCGAAGUAACCUGGAUGGUACUUGUCGAAGAGGAUCCUGUGGUGGUGCAUGCCUCCGGCGUUACCGCGACCUCCGGGAUGCUUCCUGUGCUUUCCGAUACGCCCAUGUCCGGCGCUGACGUGACCCCUCUUCUUCCUGUUCUUCUUGAACCUGGUUGUCAUGACGGAAACCCUGAAGUGUGUGACUGUGUGAGGGUUUUUGGGGAGGAAGCGGC